CUACGAUCACCAUGACUGAAGCUACAGCGACGGAGAAGUCAACCAUACUGACUGUUGAAGCACCAGCCAAUCUCGAUCUCGAAUCAUAUAUUGCCAAUUAUCGAGGCCAUACCAAAGUCAGUCGGGCAUGUUUCAUUGCUGAGCGAUGCCCAGCUCUUGAAAUUGAAGCUUACAAGCUAGCUCUUUUUGAAACACAAACAAACUCCUUUGACACGCACAAGUACGAACAUAUUAUCAUACGUUUGAAUGCGGCAUUGAAGGCUCGCAAUGAACCUGAAAUACCGGUAGACAAAGAAUGGAUACAGACAACCCAAAAGCAAGCUAAGGCGACAGCAGAGAAGUUAGAAGCAGAGCUAAGAAAUUACAAAAAUAAUAUGAUCAAGGAGAGCAUACGGAUGGGUCACAACGAUCUUGGCGAUCAUUAUUACAGCUGUGGAGAAUUGGCCAAUGCGCAAAGAAGUUACACGUACACUAGGGAUUAUUGUGCCUCUUCCUCUCACGUAGUCGAAAUGUGCCUUAAUGUCAUCAAGGUUGGAGUGGAGCAAAGGGCAUUCUCUUACCUUCACAACUAUAUAGUACGAGCCGAAUCAGUGUCAGAUAUUCCCAACAAGACUAAUACUAUAUCCAAGCUAAAAUGUUGUUCGGCGAUUGCUCAUUUGGAAAGCACAAAUGCAAACAAGUAUAAACAUGCUGCAAAGCUCUUCAUGGAAGUUGCAUUUGGCAUGGAGAACUCAUUUAAUGAGAUCAUAGCUGCCAAUGAUGUUGCUGUUUAUGGAGGUCUUUGUGCAUUGGCAACCUUCGACCGUGAAGAACUGAAAAGCAAAGUGAUCGAUAACGUCAAUUUUCGAAAUUAUUUGGAGCUUGAACCGCAGAUCAGAGAAUUAAUCACGUCGUUCUACAACUCCAAGUAUAGGACCUGUCUUCAAAUAUUGGAGGAAUAUAAGAACGACUUCCUUUUGGACAUUUACCUGAGCGCCCACGUGGAACAUUUAUUCAGCAUGAUUCGAAGAAAGGCACUUGUACAAUACUUUACGCCGUUCUCUGCCAUUGAUCUGAACGUUAUGGCCAAGUCGUUUAGCACUAAUGUAAAAGAUUUGGAAGACGAGUUGGCGAAAUUGAUCGCAGAAAAUGAAAUCCAAGCUAGAAUUGAUAGCAACAAAAAGAUUCUUCGCGUCUCUGAACAUCAACAAGAUCAACGAAAGCUUGUAUUCGACAGAACUGUUGCCACUGGAGAGGAAUAUCAGCGAGCAUCCAGUGCACUUUUGCUUCGAUUGAGUCUAAUUAAAGCAGAUAUGAUUGUAAAAUGAAAUUAUAAAUAAAAAUGGAGUUAUUACCUAACAUGCCAACA